UAAAACCAUUUAAUUUUUUGUCAAAACUUCACAUAUAUUUUAUUAACAUAAAAAAUAGUUGACAUCGACUUAUUCCGACAAUAUAUUAGACGAAGACUGACUCGACUUGCAACUCUCUAACAUUCUCUAAGCGAUCGAUUUAUUUUUAUUACAUUGAGAUUGAGAGUGAGUCGAUAUGAAAUAAGAAGAUUGAAAACCAGUAUAUUUAAAGUACACUAAUGAGCUGUUUAGUACCAUACGAGGAUAAUACAUAACUUGGACGCGCACAUGUGUGCGUGUGAACACAUAUAUACAUAAAAGACGAUUAUGUCUUAUUUAUGGGGAAAACAAGUUUUUCAACAAGUUUUCAUCUACAUCGUCUCUAUCAUCUUUUAAAACGCUGCAGUGCGAUAAAAUUUUUGAUGAUUUAAUCAUGUUUACGCCAUUAUCAGAUGUGAUGGACACAACUUGAUUAAGACCGACACCAUGUUUGCUCAAUAUUUUCAUAAUUUCAGCAGCAAUAUUUCGGGAAGAACGUGAUGCAACCUCUUGAGUUCUACCAUUCCGAGAAUUCUUGAUUGAAUAUUGUAAUUAUUUAUAUAUUGUGCACUAAGAGCAAAUAUAUUACGUGGUAGACGAGAUGCACUAUCGAUUUUUAAUGAUAUUUUACUUCCUCUCUUGUAUUAUUUGCAACUUGUUUUAAAACACUUUUACAACUUCGGCUGUUUAAGGUAAACGGUUUGUUGCUCUUUUCACUCAAACCACGACAGAUGGGAUCUAUAAUGUUUUUCAUACUUUUAGAAUCUAACACAUUAAAUGGAAUACUUUCCUCUGUGACCAGUUCAAUAUAGCUUUUAAUUAAUUCCUUUUUGCUAAUUUCAAUUUUAACUGAUUGUUUACGAAAUCCAGUUUUAGCAAUUCCACUACCAGAACUGCUUGAAGUUUCAUCAUCACUAAUAUUAACUUUAUGUACAUUGCUUAAAUGAUUUUUUAGAUAUUUGUUUUUAAACUGCUGUUGCAAAUAUUGCAUAUUGCAAUAUUAUCAUCUUCUUUCACAUUAAAAUGUGCAAAAAUUCGGGUUUUAUUCAAUCGCGGAGCCAUGAUGAUCUACACACUAACAGCUGUAUACAUAUAUUAACUAAAUAUGGGAUAAGCGCCCUUUUAUACGAUCACACUGUGUGCCAAACAUGGUGUGAUGAAAAAAAAAAUUGCUUUCGUUUAAACGGUCACACAUGUUGUCAUACUUCAUUUCUCUGUUAUUUGUGAACGAAGCAACAUGGCACGCGCAUUGGUUGCAGCACUUGUAUUUGACAUUUUAGAAGAAGACGAAAUAGAACAAAAAAAAAAAGCAAAAAAGACAGAGAAAAACUUGUGCAAAGGAAUGGCGAUCAAGAAGACCAGUUUUUUCACAUAUAAGUUUAUUAAAGGAACUUGAACAGUCCAGCCCGGCGGACUACAAAAAUUUUCUCCGAAUGGAUCCUUCUGUAUAUAAGGAACUUUUGGAAAAGGUAAUACCUUAUAUAGAAAAACAAAACACUCUUAUGCGAGACGCAAUUUCGCCUGAUGAACGUCUCUCUGUAACAUUGAGGUAUUUGGCAACUGGAGAGAGCUAUGAAAGUUUGAAAUUCCAGUCGUAUAUUUCAACUGCAAGUUUAAGCAACAUAAUUAUUGAGACAUGUGAAGCGUUGAUUAAAGUUCUUAAAGAUUUUAUUUCAUUACCGAAAAGUGAAGAAGAAUGGAAAACGGUAGCUUCUGAAUUUUAUGAACUGUGGAAUUUCCCGAAUUGCCUUGGCGCUGUCGAUGGAAAACAUGUAAACAUCACGAACCACCGCACUCUGGAGCAUACUAUUUCAACUAUAAGAAGACUUACAGUAUUGUUUUGAUGGCCAUAGUCAAUGAAAAUAUCAAUUUAUAAUGGUUGAAGCUGGAGCAAACGGAAGAGUGUCUGAUGGUGGUGUUUUGGGAAAUACGACAUUUUCGGCUAUGUAUAAUGACGGAAAAUUGAAAAUACCUCCCCCAACAAAGCCGCCUGGUUUUGAAAAAGAGCUGCCGUUUGUUUUUGUAGCAGAUGACGCUUUUGCACAAAAUGAACAUUUUAUAAAACCCUAUAGCCAAAGUGGUCUAACUCGGCAUCAACAACAAUAUAACUAUCGUCUGUCACGGGCAAGAAGGGUGGUUGAAAACGCGUUUGGAAUUAUUUCUUCCAGAUUCAGAAUACUGCUGACUACAAUACAUUUAUCUCCCGAAAAGGCAUCAAAAAUUGUUUUAGCAAUUUGCUAUUUACAUAACUUUUUAAGCACAAAAAGUACUGAAUCUUAUCUUCGAAUGAUAAAUGAUAUAGGUGAAAGGUCGGAACCUGCUUUGAUGCAAAUAGAAAAAACCAAAAGUCGGAAUAGUACUACCAACGCCAAGGAAAUUCGAAACUCAUUUUGUGAAUACUUUAAUGGUGUCGGAUCAAUGUAAUUUCAAUUUUCUUUUUAUAAAUAAAAAUAUAUGCAUAAAUAAAUAAAAAUGUCCUGUUCUUUUUACUUACGUCUUCGAAAGUAGUGUCCUCAUGUUCUUCAUUUUCUAUUGAUGACAAACCAGUCAUCUGUGUUUCUUGUUCUUCCAAAAAUGAUAGAUCAUCAAAGUACCACAAAGAUGACACAUAUACGUCAUCAACUCCUGCUCCAGAUUUCUCACUUCGCUUUAAUUUUUUUAGAUCGCGUCGAUAACA